AUGGCCAAGAAAGGAGGCAAGAAGAAGGGAGGCAAGAAGGGCGGUUCUUCCGCCGCUGCUACGAGCAACAAGGCUGCUGAGCCCGUCGUCGCUGGCGCCCCCGGCACCACCGUCGAGGAAUCCGUGAGCGAAACUGAGCAGACUCCUGCUGAGACCUCUACUGCCACUGAGACUCCCGCUGUCGCUGCCCCGCCAAUUGCUGCUGCGUCGAAUGCCGAUGAAGUUGUAAUUCCUACAGCGGAGGAGCCCCCGGUAGAGGAGGCCGUGGACACUGUACAAAAAUCGAAGGUUGAACCAACGGGGACUGCUGCAGAGGUGCCCGAGACUGCUGCGAAAGAGACUGCAGCCGCGCCCCUCAGUACCCCGGAAGUCGUUGCUGCGACCACUUCCCUCCCCGACAGGCUCAAGGAGUCAGAGAAUCCCGAAGAUACCCACGUCAAGCGCCCUCAUGAAAACGGCCCUCUGGCGACCGAGAAGGGAGAAAUUCCCACAAAGAUCCCCAAGAUCGAUGAUGAACCAAUCGCCAAGGGCACCGCCGUGGAGACACCAGCUAAAAAGGAGGAUAUUACAAGCGCAGCCGCGCUUCCGAACGAAGCAGGCGUGCUGCAGCCUCAGAUGAUCCCCGGUCUUGGUGCGGACCCUGCUGAUAAGCCAUUGAAUGAGCUGGAAACCACCCCCGAAGCGGUUAAGAAGGCUCAAACCACCGAGACUGUUGCCCCAACUGGCGUCUCUAGCUCUAAGAAGGAGGCCCCCAAGACGACGGUACCGGGACUCACCAGUGUUCCGGGCACAUCUGCAGAGGAGAAGCCUCUGGCUACCACGGCCGCCCCAACCACUACUACCGCCAAGGAAGAAUCGAAGGCUCUCCCCAAGACUGAGGAGCCCGCGGUUACCCAACCUACAUCCGCAGCCGCAGCUCUAGGAACCGGUACCACUGCCGUUCCUGCCGCGGAAGAAAAAGCCAAGGGCCCUUCGGAUGCCACAACUGGACCAGCAGCCACCGUUGGCACCGCCAAGGAAGAAGCCAAAACCGCUGCUCCAGUUCAGAAGGAGUCUGAGAUAACGAAGCCUACUUCCGCUGCGACCGCUGCGGCUGCUGGCACAACCGGAACAUCGGCCGUUGACAGUAAAGAGAAGGCCAAGGAGGUUCCCAAGGUGAAAGAUGAGACAGCUACUGUGACCAAGCCUCCGGCUGCAGUCACGCCACCGGAGAAGGCUUAUGCAGCACCUGUUGUCGGCCAAGUUGGCGCCGCCACUGGGGCUGCUGGUAAACCGAGCACGGAGCAAGCCAAAUCCGCUGGCCUGCCUUCCGGCGUCCAAACCCAGGCCGAUAAGCCUGCUGGCCUCUCCGAUAGCGCCGCCGCCGCGCGGGCUGCCACCCAGAAAUCGCAACAAGCCAAGACUGCUGAGCCUGCGGCUCAGACUACCCAGACUUCCCAGGCCGCUAAGAGCGCCGAGACUGCCCAAACCGGCCAGGCUGCCCAGGCCGGUCAAACUGCUCAGCCUGGUCAAACCGCUCAGACUGGCCAGGCUACUCAAGCUGCUGGAGCGGCGCAGACCGGCCAGACCGGUCAGGCUGGUGAGACUGCUCAAACCGCUCAGGGAGCAGAGACCGAAGGUGCUGCCACCAGCGCAAAGCCCGCAGAGGGAAAGAGCGCUACAGAACAAGCCCAGUCUGCUGCUCAGGAGGCCGCCAAGGCCGAGAAGCGAAAGAGUGGUGGCUUGUGGGGCUGGCUCAAGCGCAAGGUCAAGGCCUGA